CUAGUCACUUAGCGGUCCGGCUUAAAGUUUGCAUAUUGUUGUCAUUCCUUCGUUGUCAUCGAAAUAAUACACAUUCGCUCUCUAACCAUUAUCUUGAAAAUGGGCUGGUUCUCAUCGGGGAAAUGGUUCGUUUAUGUGGCUUUAUUGUGGCAUAUUGUUCAAGUUCUUCGUGUGUCGGCAUUUGAGUCAUAUUUGUUUUAUGAUUUCAAAGAGGAUGGAUCCCAUCGAAACCGCCGUGAUGUUUUUGCAAGCUAUACUCCUCCACAGCCCACUGCUGAAUUCCCUGUCAUAUUGUUCUCUGAUCUGAACUACAACAAUGACACAGUGAAUGGCUAUUAUCAUCGUCUUGGUCAUGGAGAGUUUCGUGUGUUUGGAAGAACUGUUGAUAACCGUGUCAGACAGUUUGUAUUUAGGUCAAUGCUGUUUCUCCCAUACACAAAUGUUACAUUCAGAGCUUAUUUUUGUGGAAAGACCUACAAGAGAAGCAUGCAGAAUGUCCAAAACAUCUCGAAUAUUCACAUAUGGCUGUUUGAUAACCCCAUUAUUGGUGGAUCUCAAGGAAUCUACUACACUUCCUGGGAACAUUGGCAAAUGGAGUUUUCUCUCCAAGCUGAUGCCUGUCAAUCAAACUGCCAGCCCUUGCCAUGUAGUGGGGUGUGCUAUUUUGGAACCUGUGGGAUUGAUGGAACCUGUCAAUGUGCGAAUGGUUAUUCUGGAAGUCAAUGUGAAACAAGACCUGCCGUUGGUACUCCAUACCCCACAGAGCAGUACCCCCUUUUGCUGUUCCCACAGAAAAACUUCCAAGGUACACCCCUUAAGGUUGAGCCAAAUAAGUAUGCUGUAUUUGCAGAAAACAAACAGAAAAAGAAAAACAUAAACUACAACUCUUUAAGAGUGCUAUUCUCCCGCAAGCUGACAUUCUCUCAGCUUGACAACUCCCUUACACAAGAAAUUGCCACUGGUUCAGAUAUUGAGGACAUCCCUGGUUUUAUGGAGAAUAACCCUCAUUUAGUAGCAGAUGACAUCUGGUUCAACUAUGCCAGUGACAUCGAGUUACAGUUUGGGGUCAAAGUUGAGGAACUACCUUCUUGCACCAACUGCAGCGCUACUGGUGGCUGCUGUUUUACUGGGACAUGUCAGUGCUUGCCAAACUUCACUGGAGUCAACUGUGAGACCCCUGUUUAAAGUGGAUGGUGCCUAGCUCUUGCACUAGGAUUACUGAUGAGACAUCUUAUUAUAAGCCAAAGUGGGCUCACCCCCCCCCCCCCCCCCCGAGUUCGUAACUGGGUUGACCACCUUACACUAUUUUCCAGGGCUUUAUAGUUUUCGAAAGUAUACGUCACUUAAGUCGGUUUAGAUGAAAUUGCAACUGUGAAAGUAAGGUAGAGGAAGCAUAUCCUUGUAGAUCUGCAAAUUGAGGGAAAGCAUAGAAAGAUAGAUUCAUGGAAAACGUUAAUUAUGUCAUGCACGGAAAGUCGCAUACACGCAAAGUGUACAUGAUCAAAUAUAAUCAGAACACGCGCCUUUCCUCCGGUCCGAAGUUAUACAACUGUUACUCUACCAUCAUUUUACCUAUCAUUUUCUUUUUAUUCUAUGUAUUAUUUAUAUUUGUAUAUUAUCUGUCAGAUAUUAUGUCCCAUAACAUUGUCAUCUUCAUCAGGGAAUACUGUACGUUUAGUGUAAAUCGUUUACUAAAUUCACUAUUUUAAAAUAUUACUACGGCCCUUAUACUAACCUUACAAGUAUCACUGUGCUUAUUACAGAUUAAAAAAGCUCACAAACCACAAAA